GAUUGAAAGAAUGUACGUCAAAGUCGUACCUCAUGUACUUUUUUUUCUAAUGUAACCUCUUCAAGAAGACCCAAGGUGGUGAACAAAAGGAUGAUACAGUGCGGGGUUGAUUACUAUAUAAAUAGUCCGCGGUUUGCACGAGAAGUAGUCUCAUCAAAAGUCCUCAUCACAUAUCAGUUCCAGGACUAGAGGACGAUCAGAAUGGACUGGAUGAAACUAUGCUUGGUACUUUGCGCCUUGUUGGGAAACAUCUCGGCCCAACAAGGUUACACCUAUGACCGUCCUGAAAAACCAUUUGAAGCGCCGACGCAACAACCCAGCGACAGACCCAGCGGCUUUCCCGGUUCCAGCACUGGCCCUACCGGGACCUAUCUAGGUCCUACUACAGGUCCAGCAACUUCUCCCGGCUAUCCCGGAACAGGAACCGGUGGUUACCCGUCAGGCCAACCAUCUAAACCAACGGGAUCUGGAGGAUAUCCUUCAACCGGACCUUCGAAACCUUUUCCAGGUUCUCAAGGUACCACUGGAACUGGUGUUACCUCUUCAUUUCCUGGUCAAGGGCCAUCGGGUCAACCCUCUAAACCUUCUGGUGGUUUUCCGGGAACAAGUGCCCCCUCUUUCCCUACUCAAACUCCAUCGGGACCGGGAUAUCCAUCUGGACCUACAGGAGGCUUCCCUGGUACUGGACCAACCCCAUCGGGACCAAGCGGAUAUCCUUCGGGACGACCUGGUACAAGCUUUCCCGGAACUGGCUCAACCCCAUCGGGACCAGGCGGUUAUCCUUCAGGAGGACCGACUGGAGGUUUUCCCGGCACUGGUUCUACGCCAUCAGGACCAAGUGGGUAUCCUUCGGGACGACCGAGUACAGGAUUUCCCGGAACGGGCUCAACCCCAUCGGGACCAGGCGGUUAUCCUUCAGGAGGACCUACAGGAGGCUUCCCUGGUACUGGACCAACCCCAUCGGGACCAAGCGGAUAUCCUUCGGGACGACCUGGUACAGGCUUUCCCGGAACUGGCUCAACCCCAUCGGGACCAGGCGGUUAUCCUUCAGGAGGACCGACUGGAGGUUUUCCCGGAACUGGUUCAACCCCUUCGGGACCAACUGGAUAUCCUUCUGGACGACCGACCUCAGGCUUUCCCGGAACGGGCCCAACCCCAUCAGGACCAGGCGGUUAUCCUUCAGGAGGACCGACUGGAGGUUUUCCCGGAACUGGUUCUACGCCAUCAGGACCAAGUGGGUAUCCUUCGGGACGACCGAGUACAGGAUUUCCCGGAACGGGCUCAACUCCCUCUGGAACAGGCGGUUAUCCAUCAGGAGGACCGACUGGAGGUUUUCCCGGAACUGGUUCAACCCCUUCGGGACCAACUGGAUUUCCUUCUGGCCGACCAACCCCAGGCUUUCCCGGAACGGGUCCAACGCCAUCAGGACCAGGCGGACCGACUGCUGGCUUCCCCGGAACUGGUUCGACACCAUCGGGACCAGGUGGCUAUCCCUCAGGACGACCGACUACAGGCUUUCCCGGAACGGGUCCAACUCCAUCAGGACCAGGCGGCUAUCCUUCAGGGCGACCAACCCCUGGCUUUCCCGGAACUGGUUCAACCCCGUCAGGACCAGGCGGCUAUCCGUCAGGGCGACCAACCCCCGGAUUUCCGGGAACUGGUUCAACCCCAUCGGGACCAGGCGGCUAUCCUUCGGGACGACCAGCCCCCGGCUUUCCCGGAGCUGGUUCAGCCCCAUCCGGACCAGGUGGUUAUCCUUCGGGACAACCGACCCCAGGGUUUCCGGGAACGGGUUCAGCUCCAUCCAGUCCAGGACGACCAACUCCAGGCUUUCCGGGAACUGGUUCAACCCCAUCGGGACCCAGUGGUUAUCCUUCAGGUGGUUUUCCCGGUACUGGCAAACCCGGAACUGGUGGUUUCCCUGGGAGUGGUCAAGCCCCAUCCGGACCGACUUCGGGCUUCCCUGGAACUGGCACUGGAUAUCCUGGAGCUCCAUCGGGACCUUCUGGGUUUCCUUCAAAACCAUCAGGUCCUGGAGGCUUCCCUGGUCAGGCGCCAUCAGGUCCUAGUGGAUUCCCGGGUGCACCUUCUGGACCUGGUGCCCCCAUUCCUCCAGUUACGUUUCCAGGAGCGCAAGGUCAGCUCGAACCAGGAAAAUACACAGGACAAUACGAAGAGGGGGCUUUCGAUGAAGGCGAUUAUUCCGCUAUUCCAGGAGAACCCGGCCGAGAUUAUCCCAUUUAUUCUGAAAUUUCUGAAACGUCGUUCGCUUGUGAUCAGCAGCAAUUUCCCGGGUACUACGCCGAUGUGGAUACCAGAUGCCAAGUUUUCCAUAUUUGUGCAAAUAAUAAAACUUACGAUUUCCUUUGUCCUAAUGGAACGAUUUUCCAUCAAGAAUAUUUGGUCUGUGUCUGGUGGAACCAAUUCGAUUGUAGCUCAGCUCCUUCUUUGUACAGGAUUAAUGAAAAUAUUUAUGACUAUUCAAUAAUUGGAAGUGCGCAAGGACCGUCUUAUCCAGGAGGACCAUCAACCGGACCGAGCUUUCCGGGUGCCCCAUCAGGUCCUGGAGGUUUCCCAGGCAGUGGACGACCAUUAGGACCUGGAGGAAGACCUGAAGGACCUACUGGACCAGGUGGCUACCCAAGUGGAUAUCCUUCUGGACCACAGGGACCAAGUGGUCCACAAACUCCUAGUGGGUAUCCUACUGGACCAACUAGUCCCGGGGGACAACCACAACAACCUUCUGGCUACCCGUCGGGACCUACCGGAGGACGACCCCAAACUCCUGGUGGAUAUCCUACUGGACCAACUAGUCCCGGGGGACAACCACAACAACCUUCUGGCUACCCGUCAGGACCUACCGGAGGACGACCCCAAACUCCUAGUGGAUAUCCUCAGGGACCAACUUCUGGAGGACAACCACAAGGACCUUCUGGAUACCCGUCGGGACCUACCGGGGGACGACCCCAAACUCCUAGUGGAUAUCCUCAGGGACCAAGUUCUGGCGGACAACCACAAGGACCUUCUGGGUAUCCGUCCGGACCACAGGGACCAACUGGUGCCGGAGGCUAUCCAUCUGGACCUACAGGAGGACGACCUGGUGGAUAUCCCACUGGUUCACAAGGACCAACUGGCACAGGAGGGCAACCACAAAGACCUUCCGGCUUUCCUUCAGGACCGCAACAAACUACCGAUGGACAACGACCAAGUGGACCAAGUGGACCCAGUGGGGGUUAUCCUAGUGGACAGCCAUCCGUUCCCUUCCCCGGAUCCAGCAAACCCGGCCAACCGUCCCGAGAAUAUUUACCGCCUGGCAAAUGAAACAGCUACUGAAGUACCUCACCCGUAAAAGUAUUUCUUUAGAUAAUUUAUGUAAAUAACACGUGAUAACUAUAAUUUUAUACAUUUUUAUAAGACGCCGCAGAAUAAAAUGUGUAAUCAUCUGUUGAAUUCAAUAGAUUUUACAAUAA